GGACGAUGUGUGGCCAAAAAUGGCGAAAAUGGAAGAAGUUGACUUCGUUGUGCACGAACAUUCAGAUACAGGUUUACGGGAGUCAGGUUUACCUUCAUAUCAGUAUGAUUCACAGCUAGAAGGUGAAAUUGUGACACCUGAAACUAGAGAGUCGGAAUUUAAUACUUUAGAUGAACCUGUUAAAGAAACAAUUAAAAGAGAUCUGAAAGCAGUUGGUUUGAAAUUUUUUCAUGUUCUUUAUCCUAAACAGAAGAAAGCUUUAUUACAAGAUUGGGAUCUUUGGGGUUCACUGAUACUAUGUGUAUUCCUGGCACUAAUGCUUCAUGGUUCAACAAUAGAAGAUACAAAUGAAAGUGGAAUGCAGUUUGCUGAAAUUUUCACAAUUGUAUGGUGUGGUGCAUUUAUAGUUACUAUUAAUUCAAAAUUUUUGGGUGGAACAUUAUCUAUUUUUCAAAGUGUGUGUGUGUUAGGAUAUUGCCUAUUGGCACCAUGUAUAAGCCUGAUUUUUUGUGUUAUUCUCAGUGCUAUUUUACCAGCUUCAACUGCACUUUUUAUUAUAAAGUUUGUGAUUUCAUUAUUAGGAUUUGGAUGGGCUGUAUUUGCUAGUGUGGCGUUUUUGGGAGACAGCCAACCUCCUCGAAGGAAAGCUUUGGCAGUUUAUCCAAUAUUUCUGUUUUACUUAAUAGUAACGUGGUUGAUUGUUCUUAACGGAUAACUUUCAAGAAGAAUACAGAAGAUUUUAUCGUCAUUUAUUCUAGUCAUCAAAAUUUUUUAAUUCCGUUUUUGUUACUCUUAUCGAUAAUGUUUACCUAGAAACAUGUUAUGAACUAAGUGAAUAUUCAUUAUACAGAUUUAAUAUGGAAAUAUGGUAUGUACAGUGAAAACUACUUUAAUUUAACUACUAAUAUAUAAAAUUCUGGGUUUUGUUAAUUAAAAAAAAAAAAAUGUAUCUUCUUCCUUUCAUUCGGGGCCAAACUUCGUAGAAAAAUGUACACAGUUGUUGGAAAUAAAAUAUUUUGUAAUUGUAG